GAAAAACCUCAAAAAAAUCCUAGGAAAUUCUAAAUAAGUGAUUCAACAAUAUUAGUGGAUAUCCUCAAAACCAUCCUUCUAUUUCUCUACCUUUUCUUCCCUGGCCUUUUCCGAUAUAUUAACAUCUUCUCUAUAUCAUUUCCCCAGUUAUUUGGCCCUUAAGUUUCUUGUUUCCUCACAAAUUUACAACCCCUUUGCCUUUUCAAUUUCUGUAAAUCACCUUACAAAUUUCCAGUUUCUUUUGUAAUAAAAAACAAGAAGGUAUUCAUUGAUUUUCUGUUACAUUAUUUUGUUUCGUAGGAUUAGCCUCUGUCCAUCCAAGAAAUGGAUCCAGCAGAGCUACGUAGAGUUUUUCAUAUGUUCGACCGAAAUGGGGACGGGAAAAUUACGAGGAAAGAGCUUAGCGAUUCGUUGCAGAAUUUGGGAAUUUAUAUUCCUGAAAUGGAACUUGUGCAAAUGAUCGAAAAGAUUGACAUAAACGGAGACGGGUUCGUAGACAUGGAGGAAUUUGGAACAUUAUAUCAGUCGAUAAUGGACGAUACGGACGAAGAAGAAGACAUGAGAGAAGCUUUCAACGUGUUCGAUCAAAACGGUGACGGAUACAUCACGGUGGAGGAAUUAAGAUCCGUUUUGUCAUCGUUGGGUCUGAAACAAGGAAAAACGCUAGAAGAUUGCAAGAGAAUGAUCAUGAAAGUUGAUGUGGAUGGUGAUGGAAUGGUUGAUUACAAUGAAUUUAGACAGAUGAUGAAACGUGGUGGAUUUGCUACUUUGAGCUCAAGUUGACAUACUGAAUGAAAAAACAGAAAGAAAAAAGGAAGAAAAAAUUAAAGCAUUUGAUUGCUUUAAGAAAAUGGUACUCCUAUAUUUCUUCUAAUGAUGUUUGAAAAUGUAGAAGGUAGAUGCAAAUGAGUCAGGAAUUAGCAAGCCUUUUGUAUAUGAGAAAACUUAAUGGAGCUAAUGCAAAACUUAUCUCCUAAAUAGUUUGACCAAAUA